UCUAUAAUUUAUGCACGUGCACCUGGUGUGGAGUAAUUGAUUGGAAUCACGAAGCAGAAAACAAGCAUUAAACUACACCACUUAAUUAUUCUGGUAUCAUCUACAGACAGAAAACAACGGAGAACAUUUAUCCCUCACCAAGAGAGCAAAUUUUAGCCAAAAGAGAACAGAAGCUACCUGUCGUUUUCUGAAUUACACUAAGAGUAGAACAAUACACGACAUCACCAGAAGAAGAAGAAUAUUAGGGCUCGCAGUUAAAUUGAACUAUCAACAGUAUAAAAGAUGACGAGUACUUUGGACCUACUGUCUACUAAUCCGAAACAUGUCCUCACAGUCAAUGACAGAUCCCACUUCGCCGACCUCAAGGAGGGGUCCAUGGUGCCCGGUUACCGUGGUUACAUUCCAAAAUACAAGUUUCACGAAGGCUACACUUAUGGACAGGGAACACACGAAAUGUACAAGAUCCGGUUGGAUGACCUGGCGAAGGAUGGCCUGAAGCACACGGGAUCUCUGCUACCUCCGGUGGGUGGCAUCACCAGACUGCAGAGGAGUGUCACUCUACCCCCCGCGGAUGGAGUGAACAAAUUAACAGAAGACAUGAAGCCAGGAUACACAGGCUACGUGCCUCGUCGGCCAUUCAUCUUCGGCGGCACCUACAGGAGCGAGUGCGACGACUGCGUGGAGGAGUUCCUGGGGACGAAAGGGGAGAAGACAGCAGAAAAGGAGAGACUGGAGGCGGUGGUGAAGUCCUACCCCAAACUGCACCCAAUCACCCGGCCGGAACUGGUGGUGAAGAAACUGAACCACCUCAAAGACCACAAAGAGGGCGCACCGGCCAUUGCAGAGGACAAACGGACUGGAACUGAGGCACCAAUCCCGGGCUACACUGGCUUCGUGCCCCGCACACAUGUGACCGAGACUGGCUUGGGUGGCAGGUACCACGUGACUAGUGAGAAGGGAUUCAGAGACUUCUUCAAGAACUCGAUGAGUCAUGCGUCCACACUCGGGCUGCCGAUCGACAAGAAGAGUCUGUUGCCUGGGGAGAAUGAAGUUUUGAGGAUGGGGGUGACAGGAGAGGACAUGGACAGGAGACUCUACCACCAGACUGGCAUGCUCCCCAAGUACACCGGAUACCUGCCACAUGGACCAUACGCUUUUGGAAAGACUUACGGAAACAUGAGUAGGAGUCUAUCAGUAUGUGGACACGAUUUCCCCACCUACGGGAUGCAUAAGGCCAACGAGAGACGCAACAAACCCACCAUCAAAAGUGCCAGACAGUAAACGAAGUAUGACAAAAGUCAUGACGUCAUCACUAUCACCCACCGACGUCUGAGAACCCUUUGAAGUCCGUACCGUAUCUUAGCAACCCAAGAUACACUUCAAAAAAUUAAGAAAACGUGAAAUUAGUUAUUUGUCUAUACAACCUGUGAUCUUUAAUACCAGAGUAAAGAACCACUAAGCUGUAAUAUUGUACCAAUUGAGAAUGAUUAACUGA